AUGUUAAUGGUCUCAACACUUGAUCAACAUGACGCGUAUACAUACGUUGAGCCUGUCAAAGUUCUUGACGAUGAAACUCAAGUAUUGCACGAACCUCAUGAUGAGGAUGUGACGAUCGAAAAACGAGAUUCAAGUGUGACUGUUCUCAGUAGUGACGGUGAAGCACUGACUGGAGAAGAUCGAGAACGUCUUCGAAUGAUACGUGAGCGUGUUCUACGUGAAGCUUCAUCUCGUGCACUAUCGUUUCAACGUGCGACGACAGUUGCUGUACCUUUAACUGGUUUUUAUCGGACUCAAGAUGAGAGUCAGAUUGAAAAACAUGAUACAAUGGAAUCAACACGAACACUUCGACGAUAUAAAAGCUGGUCUGGUUCACCACAACGUGAUGCUGCUUUAGAAGCAAUUGAAACACGUCAAGUACGUUUUCGCUUCUCAACGGCUGCAUCUGCACGUGAGAUUGUGCGAGAAAUGUACUCACAUCGACUUUGUGAAUUUCCAGAAGAUUGUGUUUUAACUGCACGAAUGGAAAUGCAAUUUGGGUCAGUUUGGCGUCAUAUGACUGUCCAUGUGAAUCGUGAUGGAAUUACAUGUCAACGUAUCUCGCUUUUUCGAAAGAAAAGUAAAGAAAUGGUCAUUGCCAAAGAUGAUGUAUUAACUGCAUCAUUGACACAUGGAAGUAAAACAAAUGUGAUUGUGGAAUAUAUGCUACCAGGACGAGGAAAAGAACAUCAUCGAUUAAUGCGUCGAUAUGGGACAGUAACACUUCGAUUCCAUGAAGAAGAAAUUGCAGCCAAGUUUAUUGCGUCUGUGCAGCGUUAUGUCAAAUGGAUGGCACGUGUACCAGAGAGUGCUACACGUCGAAUUAAAGUCAUUGUGAAUCCGUACUCUGGACGACGUCGUGGACGUCAGAUAUGGGAACAUUGGAGACCAUUAAUGGAACGUGCUGGUAUUCAAUGUGAUGUCGAAGAGACACAAUAUAGUGGACAUGCACGUGAUAUUGGAGCAGCUUUUGAUCUUAGUCUUAAGUAUGAAGCGAUUGUAUUUGUUGGAGGGGAUGGUACAGUAAAUGAAUUCAUGAAUGGUGUGUUUUCUCGAGAAGAGAGUGUAUGGCGUACGCUAGUUGCGACUACACCCGUGUCACUCCUUUGUGCUGGUACAGAUAAUGCUUUUGGUAAAGGUGUAGGGACUCCAACACAUGCAUCGGCAGUCUAUUGUAUUAUCAAACGUAAGAUUCGACCAUUGGAUGUCAUGACGUGCGAAGCUAAUAAUGAAGACGGGACUACGCGUUUAGAAUUUGCUUGUACCGGUGUGAGCUAUGGAAUUGGCUCAGAUAUUGCAGUUGAAUCUGAAGCAACACGUUGGCUGGGCGUACAUCGUUACUUUUAUCUCAAGGUCAAGCGUGGCUUGAUUGCACCACACAAACACGAGGCAAAGAUUAGUUACGUGCUGUCAGACAAUGUACCCGUGGAUCCCAAGACGGGGAAACAAAUUUUACGUACAUAUUACGAAAUUAUGGACGACACGGCAGAAGACCAACAUCAUGUGGAACGCUGUAGUGUUUACGAUGACUCGGACCCAUCUACAAAGCAAUGGAAGGGCGAUGCAGAGUCGAUUUUUCAUCCUGCUCGUGAAGACAAGUAUGCAGGCAAGUGGCAGAGUAUGUCAUCCGAACUUACGUCUGCUGGUGGUUCGAAUGUAUACUUUGAGACAAAGUACUCGCAUCCUUCGGAUGGUAAUAUGGAUCUCAUCUACUCUCGGAAAGGUAAUUUAUUACAAACUGCUGAGAUUGCUGUACGCUAUUUAAGCAAUACCUUCCUGAAAUCGGAACUUGUGGGAUAUCACAAGGUGAAAGCGAUGGUGAUUGAACCUAUUGUUGAGGAUGUCUUGAAUGUCGAUGGUGAAGUAUUUGCUGGACCAGGUCCAUUUCGCAUUGAAGUCGCGCUUGACGAAGAGGAAGCAGGAGCUCCUAACGUCCUUUACCAUCUGGUCGACAGCAGUGACAAGGGUUCGCUCUCGCGGCAGAGGCCGAUCCCCCUUCUCAGUGACAGGCUUGCAAUCGAUAAUUCCUCUACUAACAAGUCUCAAUUAUGUCGUGUCCCGCGUGGUCCACCAUCUGCACCUGGACGUACCUAUAGCAACGGUUCGGAUUACCAAGCACAACCAUCUUGGCAAUCAAAUGGAAAUGUUCCUCCGGCACCUGCAUCAGCAGAUUAUCAACAAUCAAGUCAACGUGCAGCUGCUCUUCCAUUUUCCCAUCCACUUUAUGCAAUGGAUAACGAAGGAAUGAUUCAUUUAAAAGCUACGGGCAAAGGUCUUGAUGACUCGGACUUGGCAGUUCAUCAAGAUGAAAUCAUUAAUACUGUUGUCAAAUAUGUUCAAGAUUCCAUGCGAAAAGAAUUAAGUUUUACAGAAGCAUUUAUUCCUGCAACCAGUACAUCGGAUACCCCUGUGAAAGCUAAUGUCUUUGUUUCUCGAAAUUACGAGACGUGUAAGAAACUAUUAGUUUUUGUAGCUGUCAGUCGUGGCUUGUAUCCUGGUUUAUGGAGUCGUGGUCUUGUAUUACAUGCUGGUGUGAAAAGUGGAAGUAUGCUUGAAUACUUUCGUAAAGCCAUUGAUGAAGGUUAUGGUAUCAUUGUUGCAAAUCCAAAUAAAAAUGUCAUUGUUCUACGAGAUGGAAAACAACGAGUACAAAUUCCAGGUUCAUCAAGUCCAGAAGAACAUAUGGAUUCUCUUUGGGAUUCUUACAUUGCACGAUCGGGAGCACGACGAGUGUAUUUCUUAGGUUACUCGUAUGGAGGAGUAUUGAUUAAAUACCUUCUUCAAUCGCGUGGAGAUCAAUUGAUGCGUCGAAAUGGUGCAAUUGCUUUGAUUGAAUCAAGUCAUCGAAUUGAAGAUGGUGAUUCGCAAUCUGUCAAGUCGAUUUUGGCACAUCGUACAAUGUAUUGGGAAAGUAAUGAUCAAUUGUUUCAGACAAAAUUAGAUGGUGAUGCACCACAUCGUACUGGUUGUACGUGCUUAUCUGCUGGUCGACCACCACGCGCGCAUGCGAAUCAUUACUAUGUGACAGCUUUUUGUAUCAAUAAGAUCCAAGAUGCACUCUUUCGAUUCUUAGAUACACGUGAUGCUACAACAUAUGUCGCGGGUGAAAAACCAGUAUCGGAACCACCAAGUUCAGCUCCAGUACUUGGUGGGAAUGGUACAAAUGCUACUGUUCCUCAAUUACAACGUCAAGAAUCAAGUCGACGAGAGGCAAACAAUUCCAAAAUGGGCAAUAGUGAAAAACACUGUAAUCUCUGUCUCUUUCACUUUACUCUCUUUGAUCGUCGUCAUCAUUGUCGAAUGUGCCACCGUGCAGUUUGCAAUGCUUGUUCCCGAGAUCGACUAUUUCUACCGGGUUCCAGUACAGCACAACGUGUAUGUACUGAGUGUGCGACUGAGGGACCACGUACGAAUCAAGCUCCGACGCAGCCACUUCCAACAUAUCCACGUCUUAAUCGAACGGCAAGUGAUGCUGUCACCGCGACAAACUUGUCAACGGAUAUGUCGCAAGCUCGUAAUCGAUCUGAUACGCAAAUGUCGAAUCAAGGACGAUCAGAAUCGAAUGCUCAACCGCCACAGAAUUCAAAACUCAGUGUUGAAGACUUUGAUCUGCUUAAAGUCAUUGGAAAAGGCGCAUUUGGAAAAGUGAUGCUCGUGCGUAAGAAAGUCCCCGAUGGAGCAUCGAAUCCAAAUGCCAUUUAUGCCAUGAAAGUGUUGAAAAAAGCUUCCGUGUUUGCAAAAAAUCAAGUGGAACAUACGAAAUCUGAACGUCGAAUUUUACGAGAUAUUGAUCAUCCUUUUGUCGUGCGAUUGCGCUAUGCAUUUCAGAAUGAAGACAAAUUGUAUCUUGUGAUGGAUUAUUACAAUGGUGGCUCCUUGUUUUUCCAUUUGCGAAAAUCCCGAAAAUUUUCGGAAAAACGAGCACGAUUUUAUGCAGCUCAAUUGCUUAUGUCGAUGUCUCAUCUUCAUGAACUUAAUAUUGCGUAUCGAGACUUGAAACUUGAGAACAUUUUGAUGGACGAUAAAGGAUUCAUUGCGUUAACGGACUUUGGAUUAUCAAAAGAAAAUGUUGAUGUACCUGAUGGUGCCAAAACAUUCUGUGGAACAGCUGAAUACAUUGCUCCUGAGUUACUGAAAGGUCUACCGUAUGGAAAGGCAGUCGAUUGGUGGGGAUUUGGUACGCUUUUGUAUGAAAUGAUGACAGGACAAACACCAUUUUUUGAUCGAAACCGAAAGCGCAUGUUUCAUAACAUUUUGCAUCGCGAUGUUGUUUUUACGCAAGCAUUUUCGGAAGAUGCAAAGGAUCUUUUGACUGGAUUACUUCGUCGAGACCCUGCAAAGCGAUUGGGCUCUGGUCCAUCUGGUGUACAAGAGAUAAUGGACCAUCCUUUCUUUGCUAGUAUUGACUUUGACAAGUUACUGAAACGAGAAAUGGAACCACCGUUUAAACCUGUGGUCAAUAGUGAAAUGGAUACGGGCAAUGUCGCCAAUAUUUUCACACGUGAAAUGGCUCGGGACUCGCCUGUAACUCAAGAACUCGGGGCGACGCAUCGAGCUCAAGCUCACUUUGAUGGGUUUACAUACAUGCCAGGGAACGAACACUUGAACUAA